CGCCAUGAUACAGCAGCGGAAACGGGUGCGAAGUAGCUAGAAAACAAAAGAGAACACGCAGUGGUCCUCGCGAUUUGGUAUGCUCUUGCAGUGUUAUAGGAAUGCCCAAGGAAAAAUAUGACCCGCCGGAUCCCAGGCGGAUGUACACAAUCAUGUCCACUGAGGAGGCAGCAAACGGGAAGAAGUCAUACUGGGCUGAGCUGGAAAUCAGCGGCCGAGUAAGGAGUCUCAGCACAUCCCUGUGGACUCUCACCCACCUCACUGCCCUGCACAUCAGUGACAACUCAUUGUCACGCAUCCCGCCAGACAUUGCCAAACUACAAAACCUGGUGUACCUGGAUCUCUCAUCCAAUAAGAUCAGGAGCCUGCCGGCCGAGCUCGGCAACAUGGUGUCUCUCAGGGAACUGCUUUUAAAUAACAACCAGUUGCGGGUUCUGCCUUUUGAAUUGGGGAAACUGUUUCAGUUACAAACACUGGGGUUGAAAGGAAACCCACUUGCACAAGAAAUUAUGAGCCUCUACCAGGAACCUGACGGCACGCGGAGACUGCUCAACUACUUGUUAGACAAUCUGGCAGGGGCUAUCAAGCGCAUACCAACAGAGAUGCCCCCAGCCCGGUCAUGGAUCUCAAUCGCGGAACCCGACAGGACACGGGAUUCGGCACUGUUCUCUGUGAUGUGCUACAAUGUGCUGUGUGAUAAGUACGCCACACGACAGCUAUAUGGCUACUGCCCCUCUUGGGCUCUUAACUGGGAAUACCGAAAAAAAUCCAUCAUGCAGGAGAUUAUGGGCUGCAGUGCAGACAUCAUCAGUUUGCAGGAAGUUGAGACGGAGCAGUACUACAAUUACUUCCUGCCAGAGCUGAAGGAGCAGGGAUACGAAGGGUUCUUCAGUCCAAAGUCACGAGCCAGGACAAUGUCAGAGUCAGACCGUAAACACGUGGAUGGUUGUGCCGUUUUCUUCAAGACGGAAAAGUUCAGCGCCGUGCAGAAGCAUACGGUGGAGUUCAACCAGCUGGCCAUGGCUAACUCCGAGGGCUCAGAGGCUAUGUUGAACAGGGUGAUGACCAAGGACAACAUCGGGGUAGCUGUGCUGCUUGAGGUCCGCAAAGAGAUGAUGGAGGCCUCCUCUGGAAAGUCACUCCAUGGCAUGGAGAAGCAGCUGCUUCUCAUAGCCAAUGCCCACAUGCACUGGGAUCCCGAGUACUCCGACGUGAAGCUGGUCCAGACCAUGAUGUUCCUGUCGGAGGUGAAGAACAUAGUGGACAAGGCCACGCGCAGCCUCAAGUUGUCCUCGGUCUCCGGUGAGACCAAUGCCAUUCCACUGGUGCUGUGCGCUGACCUCAACUCCCUGCCUGACUCUGGCGUGGUGGAGUACCUGAGUAGUGGGGGGGUGGACUGCACCCACAAGGACUUCAAGGAGCUUCGUUAUAGCGACAGCCUGACCAAAUUCAACUGCAACGGCAAGAACAGCACGUCCAACGGCAGGAUCACCCACGGCUUCAAGCUGAAGAGCGCUUACGAGAACGGCCUGAUGCCUUACACCAACUACACCUUCGACUUCAAGGGUGUCAUCGACUAUAUUUUCUACUCCAAGCCUCACCUGAACGUGCUGGGUAUCUUGGGCCCCCUGGACCCCCACUGGCUCGCAGAGAACAAUAUCAGCGGCUGCCCACACCCCCACAUCCCUUCCGACCACUUCUCCCUCUUCAGCCAGCUGGAGCUGCUCCUGCCCAACCUGCCCCCCCAGGUCAACGGGCUCCAUCUGCCUGCCCGCAGGUAGUGAGUCCCUGCCACACCACCAGGGGGAGCUGCAACCACAGCCCCUCCCUUUCAAACCCUCCUCCCUCCCACUACCAGCCCUUCCCUCCACCAUAGCGGAGGAGGAAGACAAACACACAACCUGUAAAAUAUUCGUACAGUGAGGUCUGGCCGACAGGGAUUUCGUAUAAUGUUAUAGAUAUUCUAUAUUUUUCUUUUUUCUUUCUCGUUUCUUUUCUUUUGUUCUUCUUUUAACUGCUCGAUUCAGUCCUGUUCGUGUAUCAUAAUUUGUGUUUUGGACUCCCUUCCCUCCUAAAAAGCCACCCACCUACUUUGCUUCUGUCUUUCAAACUAGAGGGGAUGGUAGCUCGUUCAGAUUGGUCUCAUGGGGAAGUGUUUGCUUUAGAGUCUGGGGAAGCUGAGCAGUGACUGAUGGGAUGACCUUCACCUAAAAAGCUCCACAGCUGGUCGUCUGCUUAUCUGUCUGUCCUGUAUAAACCUGAAACCAGCAAAGACAGCAGACUUGUCACUCUCAGACCUCCUUCAUUGGCUGGUGCUUGUUUUGUCCCAUUCUUUGGGCAGCCAGCGUACUUUCUCAGUCUUUCUUUGGGGUACACGUUUCUUGAGUCAGAUGUUGUCGGGUUAGAGCCGCUUUCAGCUGGUAGUUAAGCAUCCCAGGCAGCUCACAUGAAGUAAGCUUUCCUGCUGUCAUUCUGUGGUGCUGAGGCCUUUUGUGUGGUAACGGCCUCCCAUGGUGCUACAAGACAGUCGACACCUCUGACCCAAGCCCUGAUGCAUUAGCUACCAAACCCACAGCUGCCUCGAGACGCCAGAGAACUACAUGUCCCGUUUCACACGGGCUGUCCGUGGUAUUUGUGAGGGAGGGAUAUGGUGAGAAACUGAGAGCAGCUACCAUCCUGUUUGCAGAGUGUUUCACUCGCGCUUCUGUAGUGGUUAGGCUAGUCUUGUGCUUAUGAGCUCAUGUGGACCACGUAUCCCCCUUUUGGGCAAGGGAUUAAGGCUGAUGGGCAGAGCGAUGUGGGGCUUUCACAAAUCUUUUCUUUGUCGCGAUUACUUUUAGGGCAGAGAGAGCGAGUAAUGGCUGAUACACAGGAGUAAAACCAGCAUUCCUCUCACUGUCUGGAGUUGCCAUCCAACUCCACACAUGCAAGCAUACACACACACACACACACACACACACACACACACACACACACACACACACACACACACACACACACACACACACACACACUCACACUUAAUUGCAUACACACAGGUAAUUUGCAGGCAGAUCUGUAGCACUGUCUCCGAGGCCAGUAGUGACUUUCCCCAGCCAUAUAUUCCAUACACGAAAGCAGUGGUUUUUCACAAGUGUUUGUACAGAAUAGAAAUCUAGACUCAGUCUUUACAUGAUUGUAUAUGAACCACAAAAGACCUGUUUUCUGGUGUUUUUUGUACCAAGAGUAAAUUAUGAUCAGAUUUGAAAAGAUUGUAUUGUAAACUAUGGCUAAAUUUUUAUCCAGUUAAUGUUACCAGCUUGUACAAAAGACGUAGGAAGAGGUUGUUCAAGGCGUUCACUGUCACUACUUUGCACUCCCUAGAGAUUAACUGUAAUUAAUGUAUCCGUGGUUGUUUUAUCCCCCCCACCCCCCCCUGCUAUUGAUUUGAUUUGCCGGCAUAUUGCUGCGAUUGUAAAUAGACACUGAGUAAACUCUGCCUGUUGCUUCUUGCCCAUUAACAAAGCCAUUGAUCCACACUGCUGCCAUCAGUUCAGACAAAAGGACACGCACGGAUAAGUCACAGCCCACCAGUGACUCCAUCUGCUCCUCUCACGCGCUAGUGACGCGUGACCAAUACAACCGAUAGGAAUCCCACAUGUACAAGAAAACAUCGUGCCUCACUGUAGCAGUUGUCAUUGUCUUGCACUAUUUCCAUUUGACGAACGCCUGAACAACCUUUUCUCCUUUUAUUUUUAAAUACUGUUGAGACAUUUGUGAAGAUUUUAUGUCCUUUUAUUGGGUUUUUGUUAAUGUUGAUUUCCUUUUUUAUGAGCUGUGACAAUGUUAUGAUGAUGUGUAUAUCCUUCCUAUUCAUUGAGCUCUCUAGUAAUCAGGUAUGCUUUCGCCUCCAAACCCCCCACCCCCCACCCCACCCCACACUCACUUAAGGAACAUUAGGAGGAUGUCUAAUCUUUAUUAAAUCCUGCGAUUGUUUAGCUCCGUAUUUGUACCUUCACACAGCUCUGUGCCCAGUCCCCCCCCCCCCAAAAAAAGAAAUGUCUUGCCCUUAGCUCCUUCCCCGGCCAUCAAUUUUAAACCUCCUUAAGCCGGUCUUUCACUCUAUAUGCCCAACCUCAGACCUCCCCCCACUAUAUUAAUCAAGCGGUGUCUUUUUAACCCCUUUGCUCAACCACUUUGUAAAGUUCUCUUACCCUCGUCACUGCAGCUAUAGUGCCAUCUGUGGACCUCCCUACCUCUGUAUUGAAAAAGGUGGAAGGCCCAUUUUGCUCUGCUUUUUGAAGGAACAGGGGAUGAGGGGCAGCUCAGCUUUUUCUCUCUGAAAGCCAGGCAAAGAAGUUGCUAUGACUCAAAUUUGUCACAUCCCGACCAACAGGAAAUCUGCCCGAUGAAUUCCACAGACUUGUUUUUACACGAUGCACCGUAUGAUGAGCACUUAGUAGAUUCAGAUGCAGCUCCCCUCACUUCUUGGCCCGUCAUAUUAUCAAAUGAAUUUACCUAAAUGUAUAUGAUGAAAUUACAUUUUUAAACCAAGAGGGAAGCAAGUUAAGAAUAAGCUUAGACCUCAGAUCAAGGUUUUUCCCAUUUGUUUCCCCCUACAAGUUUGUCUUUUAACCUUUUUUUGUUUUCCAGUGGAAAGCAAUGUGUCCAGUUUGAUUAUUUUUUUUCCUUGAAUGGCAUUAGUAUUGUAGUAGAUUUAAAGGCUAGCUUUUUUUGUAAAGUGUGAAUAAAAGAUGUAACUCAUGUUUCCUUUCUAAAAAGAUAUUGAAUUGUGUUGUUGAAUUCUAUGAUGGUGUUAUGUUUGCUACAUUGUUUUUACUUUCACUAGGUAUAUUUUCCCCCCAUAUACUCUUAUUCCCAUCACAAACCAAAUCCUCUGUAGAAAUCAUGAGACAUUGACGGGUUGAUUGGAGGAGCUGAAUGUUCCUGAUGAUGCCUCGUAGAAUGAAGGACUGAGAGCGUAUGGAGGGAAAAGUAUCUGCAGCAGUGGUAUUAGUAAAACUUUCAGAACAGGGAUUUUUUUUAUUUUACUUUUCAGCUUUAUUUUGGAUGUUGUAUGGCACUAGCUGGACAGUGCGAGUGCCUGUAGGCUAGGGCAGCAGAGCUGUCUUGCUAGUGGCUGCAGUUCAGUACUAGAGAAAACUGUUCUGUUGUUUUUAGGACUAAGCUGGUCCCUAGACUGCUCCUGUGAUGAUUUGAGUUCUACUAGACCAUUUCACUCUUCUUGUGCAUCACAGUGGAUAAUCAUGUUACAUUAUUUAGCUAGUAGAUGCUUUUGAUAGUCACUGACCUGACUCUAGUCCUUUUGCUUGUUGACCCCGAUCCUCCCCAUCGCCCCCUUGUUUACCACACACUAUGACUUUUCACGGAAAAACUGGCAAAUCACAGAGCUGAGUUAUAUCACCCUGUAAGCUUUGGCGAGUAAUCACAUUGUUGGCUUUGUACUUUCCAAUGUUGCAUUGUGUUUCGUAGUUGGCUUGUUUAGGCUUAGAGUAAUUUCCCAAGCUGCAUCUCUUUCUAACGGUGCACACCAAAGCUGCUUGUAGUCUCCGUGUAGAGCAAGUUUCACCAACCAGUCACUCGUUGUUUAAUUUUCCCCCCAAUUCUGAAUCAUAGUCUUCAUGAAAAGUAGGGCUGUAAGGAAAGCAAGAUACUUUUGUCCUUUUUCCUUGAUCACAUGAACACGUUGCGUCCAUAUCCAUACUCUUGUUGGGGUUUUGUUUCAGUCGGCUAAUUUUAAAUGCAUCCUUUUCCAAAAUAAACUUGGCAAUAAUAACAAACAUUCAGACACAUUUAGAAUGGGUUUUUAAAUAUUUUAUCUGGAAUAUGUAGCUAUCUCAUCUUUCAAUCUGUGGUCGUUUGUUUUGCCUUUGCACUCCAUCUUUAAACACCUUUCCUUUCCCCUUUAUUCACCAUCUUGUAUAUUUGCUCAUCUUCUCCCUGCCGAUCUAGUAGUAGUUGUUCAAUGAUCAGGAUUGUCUAACUGUAGUCAGCUAAGUACAUAUAUUGAUCUGUGUCACUGUGUUUAUGCACUGGACCAACUAUUGUUUACCAUUCAUCAAAUACCAGCAAAAAAAAAGGAAUAUUGACAAAACACUUGCACAAUGUUGUAGAAUGUCCAUUAAUCCCGACGAGAAAUCAAGGCAGCUGUUUUCAAAUCAACUCAUACUGUUUUAAAAAGAAACUGAAUGGUAAACAAUGCUUUUCGUUGUACCCCUUAGCCGUCCUUUCUAUUCUCUUUGGACUAGUUUGGUUCUUUUUAUUAUUUCCGUUUGACUACAGGUUCUGCUUGUUUCCUUUACACCUUCCUAUGUAUUUUCCUACUUCUGGUUGAAAAUAAAUUCUAUAUUAUCUGUUUCAA